AUGGCCAAGAAACGACCAUCAUUCGCGUCGCUCAGACGUGAUCUUCAUUUGCAUAAUUUUUUUCGGCAAUCCAAUUUGCCUGCCGAUUUCAGCAAUAGCCAUCAGGUUGGCGGUAGUGGUCUUCAACAACAUCUUUUGCCUGGCUCACAACCCAGACGUGAGUCGUUUCUGUAUCGACCGAGUGUUGUGGACGAACGUGAUCUGAACGCACCGUGUCGAUCGGUAUCACGCGCCUCGUCGGUUGCUUCCACCGAACAUCAGUAA